AUGCAGAUUUGCGCUGGAAAUUUUUGGACGGCGAUUCGUUUUGCCGAGAUCCAGGUCAACUCGGAGAGUAAUUGGGACAGGAUACAAGGAUGGGCGCGGUACGUGAAACUAUACCCCCAGAUUGUCCUCCUGGGCGACUCCCUCAUCCAACACGCAACGGACAUUAUGGAAGGGUUUUCUUUUCAGGCAGCGUUGCAAGCCCACGUCGCUCGUCGUCUCGACGUGAUAAAUCGAGGCUUCUCGGGGUACAACACUGAAAACGUCAUCACGUUCCUCGACGACCUCUUUCAGCCUCCUUCCGAGACUGUCCCCAAAAUUGACUACCUGUUGAUCCUCCUAGGCGCCAACGACGCGGUGCGUCCCUUCCCGGAACUGACGCAACACGUCCCCCAAGAGAAAUACAAGACGAACCUGCGCACGAUCAUCUCGCACCCGGCCAUCCGGGCGCACGGCCCCGAGAUCCUGCUCGUGACGCCGCCCCCCGUGGACGAGAUCCGGUGCAAGCAGUCCGACCUGGCGAAAGGCUGGCCCGACGUCUCGCGCUUCGCUGGGCUGAGCGCCGCGUACUCCCGGAUCGCGCGCGACGUGGCGGCCGAGACGCCCGGCGUGGUCUCUGUCGAUUUGUACACGGCGCUGGUCGACUACGCUGUCGCCCGGACGCCCGGGCACGAUGCGGAGGGACCCCGGCUGGGCACGUUCGAGCUGGGGGAGAGCGGGAAGCUGGGGGAGUUGUUGCCGGAUGGGGUGCAUCUGAGCGGGGAGGCGUAUAAGGUGUUCUUUGAGGCGGUGGUGCCGCAUGUUCAUCCUGAGUGGGCGAGUGAGGAGCCGGAUCGGUCGGGGUAUUUGUUCCCGGACUGGAGGGAGUUGUAUUCGAUGUAGCUGGCUGGCUGGCUGCUGGCUGGCUGGUUGUUGACGGGCUGGGUUGUGUGACACAUGAUGGGCUUUUUUUCUUCUUUUUUUUCUUCUUCUUUUUUCUUUUUCUGUUAGCCUUGCAUGUUGCACUAUAACAAAUACGCGUACUGGUUUUUCCUAGAUAUCUCUCUGGCACAUGUCAUCCGAUGUUCGAGAGGCCAGUCAAGGAGGACAAGAACAAGCAUGGUAUCUGUAUGGUGUAGACAGUCGGUUCUUCAAGUUGGAUAUCAAAGUCGUGCCUAAGGUAGGUACGCCUUUAGGACUGGC